AUGUCCCAAGAAUCGACGUCAACCGCCGCGCCGAACACCACCGGCACGUCAUCCAAAAAUUCGUGUCUUUUUCUCGAUUUUUUGAUCUCCGUACCGCCGAAAGAGCGCCAACGAAUGCUUCAGAAGCCGUCGUGUUGUUUUUUCAUCUAUCGAAUGCUUCCACCCAUUGCUCAACAAGUCACGAUUCAGUUGAUUUGGAAGGGAAGCUUUCCAAAAGCCGACGAUCUGGAAGUGACGAAAUCGAUUGAAGAUCAAGUGAAAUUGUUGGAAGAUUUGGGAAUUGUUACCAAACAGGCAAACGGAAAAUAUCUCAUUGAUAAUGACUAUAAACGAUCGUAUAUGUAUGCGGCGAUGCUCGGCGCGGCGAGCAUUUCAUCACUCGUUUUGGAGACGAAUGACGAGAAACGAAGAGGAAAAGAGGUGGAGAAGAAGGCGGUGGAGAGAUGGGAUUGUAUAUUGAGAUACCUUGCGCUCCCAUCGGAAGAAAACACUCAAGCGGUGUCUGAAACGACUCGAAACCUGUUCAAAAAGGCGAAUUUCACGAGUGGAGACUCUCGAAUCGAAAUCACAACGUCCGGAUUUCAAUUCCUUCUUCUGAGUCCAGUGAAACAAAUGUGGACAUAUGUGAUCGAGUAUUUGAAGUUGGAAAUGAGUCAGGGACAAGAUAUUGUUGAAGUGAUUGAACCACUCAUUCAGAUUGUUCUUUUAGCUAAUCGAGGAUUCAAAGCAGAAAAGGAAUGCUAUCAAAUCGAUCCGUCAUGGAGUAUCCCACAACAAGAACUUCUCAAUCAUUUGAGAGAAUUGGGUGUGAUAUUCAUCAGAAAACGAAAAGACGGCGUCUUCUUUCUCACACAUCUUCUGACACAUCUGGCGACGAACGAAACGAUUGACGACACGUCGGCUGAGAAAGUUUCCAAUGGAAAAGUGAUUGUUGAGACAAAUUUCAGAGUGUAUGCAUACACUUCGUCACUUCUUCAAUUGGCUAUCAUCGCAUUGUUCACCGAAAUGACUUAUAGAUUUCAAGACAUGUCUGUCGGAAUGAUCACCCGUGAAUCAGUGCGUGGCGCCCUUCAACACGGAAUCACCGCCGCCCAAAUCAUCUCAUUCCUCCGUGCCAACGCCCACCCGCAAUGCAUUGCCACGUCGGGCGCCAUCAAUUGUCUCCCGAUAACAGUCGCCGAUCAAAUCCGUCUUUGGGAGGAUGAGAGACGUCGAAUGGACCUAAAAGACGCGUAUAUUUACUCGCAUUUCGAGUCGGAAGACGAGUUUCAAGGAGUCUGUGAUUAUGCUCAGGAGCGGGGAAUACUGCUAUGGGCCAAUGCUCAACAGAAGUUGGUUAUUGUGAAUGAGGAGGGACACGAAUACGUUCGACAAUGGUAUAAGAGGUCGAAAGGGGGAGAGACUUCUACUUCGUGA